AUGCCUCACACCAAAGAUGCGGACAGCGCAUCGUCCACGGGCGGCCAAUCAAAACGACCUCCGCUCAACCAUCAGGAGAGUGAUUCGCACAGCGAGAGCAGCGGUGUUCACAGCCAAAACCAGCAUCAGCAACAUCGCCGACCUGUGCGUCAUCACCAGCGACAGCACACAGUCGGUCACCUGCAUCACGCCCGAGGCCCUGGUUCCAAAACUGCCCCCAAACAGCCAAAGCUCAGCCGUCGUCACACAGACACUCCCGAUCAGGUUGAACAGCAACAACUUCUUCAAAGAAACGCUGCAGCCCUUGCAUCCAAUUCGCAUCGCCGAGCUGCCAGCGACGCCAAACUAUCUUCGCGCGACUCUUCCUCGGGCAAUCUUGUUAAAAGCGCGUCACAAACGAAAUUGAUCAAGAAUUCUCCGCAACCAAAAAUCGUCAAGAGCCCCUCCCACUCCAAACUCAAGCGCAAUCGCUCGCAUACGGAAAUUGGCAAGCGAACCCGAUCUGCAGAACUCAAGCGCGCAUCCAGCACCACAAUUGUCUACCAGCCUCAAACCUCUGGCGGCAAGUCGCAGGUGCAUUUUGAUUUGGGCAACGAGGAGGACGAAUGGGUUGAUGCCAGUGGUUCCAAUUCGCCCUACCUCUCCCGCAAGGGGUCUCUCAAUAGCAGCAACCACUCUGUCCACCCUGACGACCGCUCGAGACCCGUAACCCCCAACGAUCCAUCAGCCUUCAAGCAGGCCGAACAGGAGCAGGAGGAAGAGGAAGAAGAAGAGGAGGAAGAACCAGAGCAGCCAAACUCAACCAGUCCAGAAAGAGAAACGGCGCAUCACAAGGAGUAUCUCACUUCCCGCAUUCUCAAGCGCACUCCGUCUCACGGAGCUCCGCCACAGAUGACCGCCGACCUAGCGCAGAUAUCCCCUCGGCACUUUGCUCCAGCAUCUGCCGAAACCCCUGGAUCGGGUACUCUUGCGGGAAGUAAUACUGACGAGUUGACAUCCCGGUUUGUCGAAGCUGUUGGUUCAGGAUUGACUAGCGAUGGGUCUUUUUACCGACCACGUCGAGGGGACUUUCCCCGAUAUGAUGAAACUCCUCACAAGGCACGCUCCAUAACCAGCUUGAAAGGCGAUCUCGAAGAGCGUCGAGAGCCGCCUACAAGCGCGCCAAAGCAAGAAGUUGACGAUAGUGCUCUUGCGCCCAAGACAGCAAGGCGCACCGCGCCACCCGCUGCCCAGACAUCACGGACACAGCAGAAGCUUAACUUGCAGCGAGCCAGCUCCGUAAUUGAACCUGGACAAGCAGUCGGUGGUGUUGGGGGUGUAGUUGGCCAUACGCCACUCAUCGGUGUUGGUGGUCCUGGCUAUGAUGGCGGUAACAGUCGAGAUCCUCGUGUCGGUAAGCUCUUGGAGCGCACCGGUAUGGAGUAUCUUGUCGUUCGAAGGUAUCAAAACCCAGUCUCACGCUCACUCGAACGCCUCAACCACCUCCCCGGCAUGGAAAAGUCAUUGCGCAUUCCAAGGCCUUACUCGGCCUCUACGAACGGCAAGCGCACCGGGGAUCUCGUGAUGCGCCAGCACACUCGCAACGUCAGCAUGCCCGAUGCUCGACGGCCAGGCACACCCAAGCGCGCUACCUCGGUUCGCACCAAUGGCGCAGGGUCGAGCUACGACGGCAACGACGACGAUGGCAGGUUGACGGAUCGGCUAAGCGGAUCAAGCCUUGUCGGCGGCGAAGAAGAAGAUGGGACGGCUGCCCUGCUCAGGAACCUGUGGGAGAAGUCCACAGAGCUGAGCGCAAGCACAGAUUAG